AUGAGUGCCCGAAACAGCCACGCUGAAGACAGCGACGUUGCCAAGGAGAAGCAGCCUCUAGCUCCUAGCAAACAGCCCGUGGCAGUAUGGAAGAAAAUUGCCAUUGCAGCGCGGCAAGCAUCGAAGUGGACGCCCAAGGUUGGCGAUUCAUGGCAAAUUGUUCUCAAGAACACUAUCCGGAAUGAUGUCGAUUUUACACCGGAUGUUUCCAUCUGGGACUUCGACGUCUUUGAAAAUGACAAGGAAACCAUUAACGAGCUGCAUAACCGCGGCAAAAGGGUCAUUUGCUAUUUUAGCGCGGGGACGUGGGAAAAGGGCCGUCCGGACGCAGAUGAGUUCCCCGAAGAGGAUCUCGGAGGGACCCUGCCAGAAUGGCAGGACGAGCGCUGGGCUCGCAUCAGUAGCCCCAAGGUUCGAGACAUCAUGAAGCAGCGUAUUGCGCUGGCAGCUAGCAAGGGUUGUGAUGCAAUUGACCCAGACAACGUCGAUGGCUUUCAAAACGAUGAGAACAACUUGGGCCUUACGACUCAGGACUCGGUGGACUACCUGAACUUUCUACAUGACGAGGCCAACAAAUACAACAUGUCCGUCGGUCUCAAGAAUGCCGCCGAUAUUAUUGACGACGUCAUGCAUGUGGUCGACUUCUCCGUCAAUGAGCAAUGUGCCGCCGACCAUGAGAAUCCCGAAUGCGAAACCUUUCAUAAAUUCAUCGAUGCGGGCAAACCCGUGUUUCACAUCGAGUACCCUCCCAACGAUGAUGCUCAGACGUACCCCGAUGAUCUUCGCAAAGAAAUUUGUGCUCGCAAAGGUGCUGGCAUAGGUUCUGAUAGGUUCAGCACCGUGUUCAAGAGAAUGAACCUUGAUGGAUGGGUGCAGUUCUGUAAUGGCGAUGUUCAUGAGACUGCGCUGGUCCUUUAA